GAAGAUACACAAACUUUUGUUUGGCUCUUUAAGGCUUGGCUUGAUUGUAUGGAGGGUUGUGCUCCAAGCGGUAUUAUAACUGAUCAAGACCGUGCCAUGCAAAAUGCAAUUCAACUUGUAUUCCCGAAUACUAGGCACCGUUGGUGUUUGUGGCAUAUCAUGAAGAAGUUACCCGAAAAAAUGGGUGGGCAUGCGGAUAAAGAUCACAUCAUGUUCAAGAUUCAUGAACUAGUGUAUGAUUCACAGCACACCACAGAGUUUGAGGCUGGGUGGGAAGUUAUGCUCCAAAGGUUUUCACUAGAGCAUGAUGAAUGGCUGCUGGUUAUGUACAACGAACGUCGUCGUUGGGUGCCCUGUUACCUGAAACCAUAUUUUUGGGCAGGCAUGUCAACCACUCAACGAAGUGAAAGCAUGAACGCAUUCUUUGAUGGGUAUGUUCAUUCUAAAACUAGUCUAAAACAGUUUGUCGAUCAAUAUGGGCGUGCUUUAAGAAAUAAGGUUGAAAAAGAAUUUCAAGCCAAUGGUAAUUCUUUGAGUAAAAUGAUUCCAUGUGUUACAUCGUUUGCAAUGGAAAAACGAGUGCAACAUGUUUACACCUUAGCAAAGUUCAAGGAGUUCCAAACCCAAUUACUUGAUCAACUGUAUUGUUAUGUCCUACCUAGCAUUGAUGGUAGCACAUUUGAAGUUAGAGAGAAUCGUGUCAUCAAUGGGUUUGAUAAGAGUUCGAACUUCAUUGUUGAGUAUGAUAAUUCAACAUCCAAAGGAAUGUGUAGUUGCCACUUAUUUGAG